AUGCCAGGGGUGUCCUGCGUCUGCACCAGAGCCAGUCCAGGGUGUGCUUUCUGUCACAUCAGAACUAGCCCAAGGAGUUUCGACCUCCAUAAGAGAGCUGACUACAUUCCAGAGCCAGUCCAGGAGCAUUCUGACUGCACCCCAGAUCCAGUCCCAGAGCAUUCUGACUGCACCCCAGAGCCAGUCCCAGAGCGUUCUGACUGCACCCCAGAGCCAGUCCCUGAGCGUUCUGACUGCACCCCAGAGCCAGUCCCAGAGCGUUCUGACUGCACCCCAGAGCCAGUCCCAGAGCGUUCUGACUGCACCCCAGAGCCAGUCCCAGAGCGUUCUGACUGCACCCCAGAGCCAGUCCCAGAGCGUUCUGACUGCACCCCAGAGCCAGUACAGCAGCGUUCUGACUGCACCCCAGAGCCAGUCCCAGAGCCAGUCCCAGAGUGUUCUGACUGCACCCCAGAGCCAGUCCCAGAGCAUUCUGACUGCACACCAGAACCAGUCCCAGAGCGUUCUGACUGCACCCCAGAGCCAGUCCCAGAGCAUUCUGACUGCACCCCAGAGCCAGUCCCAGAGCGUUCUGACUGCACCCCAGAGCCAGUCCCAGAGCGUUCUCACUGCACCCCAGAGCCAGUCCCAGAGCGUUCUGACUGCACCCCAGAGCCAGUCCCAGAGCGUUCUGACUGCACCCCAGAGCCAGUCCCAGAGCGUUCUGACUGCACCCCAGAGCCAGUCCCAGAGCGUUCUGACUGCACCCCAGAGCCAGUCCCAGAGCGUUCUGACUGCACCCCAGAGCCAGUCCCAGAGCGUUCUGACUGCACCCCAGGGCCAGACCCAGAGCAUUCUCACUGCACCCCAGAGCCAGUCCCAAAGCGUUCUGACUGCACCCCAGAGCCAGUACAGCAGCGUUCUGACUGCACCCCAGAGCCAGUCCCAGAGCCAGUCCCAGAGCGUUCUGACUGCACCCCAGAACCAGUCCCAGAGCGUUCUGACUGCAUCCCAGAGCCAGUACAGCAGCGUUCUGACUGCACCCCAGAGCCAGUCCCAGAGCGUUCUGACUGCACACCAGAGCCAGUCCCAGAGCGUUCUGACUGCACCCCAGAGCCAGUCCCAGAGCAUUCUGACUGCACACCAGAGCCAGUCCCAGAGCGUUCUGAUUGCACCCCAGAGCCAGUCCCAGAGCGUUCUGACUGCACCCCAGGGCAAUUCCGAGAGCGUUCUGACUGCACCCCAGAGCAAGUCCCAGAGCGUUCUGACUGCACCCCAGUGCCAGUCCCAGAGUGUUCUGACUGCACCCCAGAGCCAGUCCCAGAGCGUUCUGACUGCACGCCAGAGCCAGUCCCAGAGCGUUCUGACUGCACCCCAGAGCCAGUCCAGCAGCGUUCUCACUGCACCCCAGAGCCAGUCCCAGAGCGUUCUGACUGCACCGCAGAGCCAGUCCCGGAGCGUUCUGACUGCACGCAAGAGUCAGUCUGUGACGAAGUGCCCUUCGCCAUUUGUGCCUGGAGAGGACUGCUUGCCCGCCUCUUGCCCUGUGACUAUGGACCCUGGGAGAUUUGGCCCGUUCAAUUCAGUAUGAUAGGAGUUAUGUAUUUUUGUAUCCUUUUGUGUUUUACUGGGAACAUGUGCUCAAUGGAGUCUGCUUCUAUCCCUGGAUAAUUGGAUUAUGUUCCCCAUUGUCUCCAAGAUAGAGGGCUCUGUAAAACCAGUUCAGGAGUUUUGUGUUGCAUAAAUUGUGAGUUCUGUGUGCCAGUAAAUCAGUCUUGUUCCAGCAUUAAGCCUUGGCUCAUGUUUGGGGGAUUGGAGAAAUACACUCUGGGGAUUGCUAUAAUCACUAUACUCCUCAGGGUAUGAUCACUAAGUUCUGCUAAGAGCUUGUUCCUGUUCCUGCUCUCUGGGGAAAGAGAGGUUCACCCACUGGAAGCUGGAUCCUGGCCUUGGGUCAAGGGUGGGUGGAGACAGCAGAGACCCCGGCGCAGUUGCAUCGCUGGAAGUGGGGUCUGCAGUGCUGAUGGUGUCGGUUGGAGUGCUUGGAGUCCUCAGCGAGCACUAGGAGCAUCGAUUGACGGAGGUACUCAGUCGGAGUGCCAGCGGUCCAUCACACAGUCCCAGAAUGUUCUGAGCACAGUGUAUAUAUCACCCUCACACUGUUUGUAUAUCGCUCUCAAACGGUGUAUAUCACACUGUAUAUAUCGCCCUCACACGUUGUAUAUAUCGCCCUUACAGUGUGUACAUUGCCCCCACAAGGUGUAUAUCGCGCAUUGUAUAUCGCCCUCACAGUGUCUGUAUGGCCCUCACACGGUACAUAUCACCCUCACAAGGUAUAUAUCACCCUCACAAUGUGUAUAUCAUGGUGUACAUGUCGCCCUCACGCAGUGUAUAUCGCCCUCACGCGGUGAAUGUCGUCCUCACGCGGUGAAUGUCGUCCUCACGCGGUGAAUGUCGUCCUCACGCGGUGAAUGUCGCCCUCACGCGGUGAAUUUCGCCCUCACACGUUGUUUUCCGCGUCGGCUGCGAACCUCAAGAUUUUUUAAGCCCCGCCCACAGCCUUUCAGAGCACACCUCCCACUCUCCCCCCCAUUGGAUCCUCCCACUCUCCCCCCCAUUGGAUCCUCCCACUCUCCCCCCCAUUGGAUCCUCCCACUCUCCCACCACUAAACACCGCCCCUUUCCCAACCUAAUCCCGCCCCUUCUUCCUAUUGGUUCCCGCCUUCUUCCUAAAGAUCGGCGAUACAGCCCAUCAGCCAUCUUGUUACCUAGCAACAGGAUCCUCCAUUACUGA